CUUGGCCCUUGACAUGUUUACAAAACUAUCAAAUCAUUGGCCAUGGAGGAUCAAGACAAUUCUAGUUCUUACUACUUCCCUGACACCGAUCUUGACCUCAGCUUCACCUCCACCGCCACCGACCGAACCUUCGCAUCCUCCAGUGCCCGCUCUAGUCUCGCCCGCUCCUCCCUCACCCUUAGUUUCAACGACCAGCUCUCCACUGCUUCCACCACUAAUAUUGGAACUAGCAGUAAUAAUAGUGUUGUAUCCACCUGCAGCCUCCACCACCGCAAAUGGGACCCUCAUUGGUCUGCCAUCAAGGCCGCCACCAACUUAUCCUCUGACGGAAAGCUCCACCUCCGCCACCUCAAGCUCGUUAAGCACCUCGGUACCGGGAAUCUCGGCCGAGUCUUUCUCUGCCAUUUGAGAGACUGGAGUUCUGCCAGUUUCGCCCUCAAGGUCAUCGACAGGGACACUCUGAGCAAUAAAAAGCUUUCUCAUGUGCAGACGGAGGCCGAGAUUCUCUCCGUGUUAGACCACCCUUUUCUCCCGACGCUCUACGCUCACAUCCAUGCAUCUCACUACACCUGUCUCCUCAUCGACUACUGCCCCAACGGUGACCUCCACUCCCUUCUCCGAAAGCAGCCUAGCAAUCGGUUUCGGCUCCAGGCGGUUCGAUUUUUCGCCGCCGAGGUUUUGGUGGCGCUGGAGUACUUGCACGCGCUCGGGAUCGUCUACCGGGAUCUCAAACCGGAGAACGUUUUGCUCCGAGGCGACGGUCACAUUAUGUUGUCAGAUUUCGAUUUGUGCUUCAAAUCUGACGUGGUCCCCACGGUACGGUUCCACAAGAGAAGCGUCACCCAUCGCAGGAGAUGCGGAGGCGGUUGCUUUCGCGCGAGUACCACAACGGAAUGUGAGAAGGUCGUUCCGGAGUUUGCGGCGGAGCCAGUGGCGGCGUACUCGCGGUCGUGCGUCGGAACACACGAGUACUUAGCGCCGGAGCUGGUCUCGGGUAACGGCCACGGCAACGGCGUUGACUGGUGGGCUUUCGGGGUGUUCAUUUACGAGUUAAUGUACGGAACCACGCCGUUCAAGGGAGGGAGUAAAGAGAGCACCCUCCGCAAUAUAGCAUCGAGCCGGCAGGUAAGCUUCCAUCAUCUGGUGGUGAGAGAAGAGGCAGGCAUUGCGGAGGCGAAGGAUUUGAUAGAGAGACUGCUGGUGAAGGAUCCACGACGAAGGCUAGGGUGCGCGAGAGGAGCGCAGGAUAUUAAACGGCACCCGUUCUUCGACGGGAUCAAGUGGCCGUUGAUCAGAAACUACCGGCCGCCGGAGGUCCGGGGGCUGGUGAGGAGUACAACGAAGAGCCACCACGUGAGUCACGUGACAGGGGUUUCUUCUAAAAAAAGGCGUUGGUUUUGGAAGGGACUUGGUUAUUUUAUGAGAAAAAAUAAGGGGUCUAAAUAUUAUCAUUUAAAUUCUAAUGCUAGUAGUAAUCAUAGGGGUAGAAAUUAUUAUUAUCACUAUGAAAAUAGUAAUAAGAGCAAGAAAACUUUCUAAAUUUUGUUUGUGUAUCUUUUGUUUAGGAUUUAGAAUUCAAAUUGAGUAUAUUGUACAAUUAUGGAGAUUCUCAUAGAUUAAUAGAGUAUUUUUUUUGGU